AGAAAAGAGUUGCUUCCAGAAGUGGAAAAGGGAAGAAACCGAAGAAGGCGUUGGAGGAAGAAUAUACGUGGGAGUUGGGGAAAUGGAAUCGAGUGAAAUUUGAAGUACUUUGAUGGGAAAGAAAAGAAAGUAGCUCUUUCUUUUUCUCUCUCUUAAAGGAGACAGUUGCUCACGUACCACCCAUCGUAUUCGUCGUAGAUACCUUGCCCCUCUUCCUUCCCUUUUGCUCGUCGAUCAAAGCGUUUUUCUCUUCGUUGCGGUGCGUUGCGUUGCCCACACGGACUUCCUUCCCGAUUUCCAUCAUUUCCCUCUGUGGGAGAGAGAGAGAGAGAUCUGAAGAAGAAGAAGGAGAAAGACGGAGUUUAAUUCUUAGAUUGACUGAUUGAAGCUUCUCAGAUCGACGCGUUUCUGGAGGGAGAUGGCUGAGGACAAAGGCGUUGGCAAAGUUGAAAAGAAAGACUCUACUGCCACUGCUGGUGCUACUACCGAUUCUAGUGGGAUUGGGAAGAAGAAGCGCCGGGGAUUUCUUUCGCGCAUUUGGAACGGUAUCUUCAGGCCACACGGCGAUGAUUUUGAGAAGAGGCUGCAGUACAUUUCCAAGGAAGAAGCCGCCGUUCUCUCCAGAAUGAAGCGGAGAUCGCUGACUUGGAGGCGGAUGAUCCGUCAACUUAUUAUUUUCUCUAUCAUUUUUGAGGUUAUUGCUGUUGGUUAUGCAAUUAUGACAACAAGAUCAAUGGAUUUGAACUGGAAGAUGAGAGCACUACGGGUUUUGCCAAUGUUUCUUUUGCCCGGCGUAUCUUCUGUUGCUUACUCAGCUUUUGUAAGCUUCACAAGGAUGUGUGAUCGGAAGGACCAGAAAACUCUAGAAAGGCUUCGGGCUGAAAGGCAAGCAAAAAUUGAUGAGCUUAAAGAGAGGACAAAUUAUUACUCUACUCAGCAGCUCAUUCAGAGAUAUGACCCUGACCCAGCUGCAAAGGCAGCUGCUGCAACUGUCCUGGCGUCUAAGUUGGGUGCAGAUUCGGGCCUGAAAGUGUAUUUGGGAGAUGAGUCUCAGUUUAAUGCUCCAACAGGGAAAAGCAAUGAUGUUGAAGCUGCCCAAUCAAGUGGACUUCGAAAUCGGAAACAAGUGCACACCAAAUCCAGUAGUGCAGGGAGCACUCCAGUACAUGACUCUAAUGAAGGAUCGCCCCGUUCUGAGGGAACCCAGGGUCCUCAGUCUUCUGAGCAUAAUCAGCUGGUAGUUAGUCAUCACUAUCCUCAGGGACCAGCCACAAUUGAUGGAGGUUGGAUUGCUCGAAUUGCAGCAUUACUUGUGGGUGAGGAUCCAACGCAGUCUUAUGCACUCAUUUGUGGCAACUGUCACAUGCACAAUGGGCUUGCCAGGAAGGAGGAAUUCCCAUACAUUACAUAUUACUGCCCACAUUGCCAUGCCCUAAAUAAGCCAAAACAGUCGGAGGAAGAGCGUGUUUCUGGUUCUAGUACCCCUAAUCUGGGCUCCUUGAGAACACAAAAUGCCAGUGCUUCUGCGAGUGACAGUGGAGUGACAAAUAACAGCCCUGUAAGAGCUGGUUUAGAAGAGAUUGAGGAAGUCACUGAAAAGGUAACCUCCGAGGAUGUAGCGAGUUCGAAGGCAGAUUUAAGUGGAACUACGUAAUUAGGGGUAACAUUCUUGUCUUCACAUGGGUCCUUUCUUUUUCACCCCUUCUUUCUGGGCAUGGAUGGGCCAUAAAUGAGUGCUGGAUUUCAAUGGGUUUUUGCUUCUUGUUUGGUCUUGUAACAAAGAAAAUGUUGAGAUCUCUUGCCGAGAGGCUUUUUGUGCUUUAAUAUUUAUACAUAGAUCACAUGUAUUUUUUUUAUUUUUUA